UGGAGAUGUGCGUUUGCGCUUUUGCCCGAGCAUUGUCAGCUUGUCCUCGGGCCCGAGAAGAAUCUCAUUCUUCUUGCGGAAAUGAUUGAGGCAAUUGGCUGGCCAGACUGCCGCCUGGUGGAAGAUCUCAAACGAGGUUUCCCUUGCUUGGCCAGUUGCCUCGGAGCGGCAUUUUGCCGCCCGUCGCGUACCCUGCAGUGUCAGAAACUGCAGAAUCUCUCGCCGAGCGUUGUUUGGAGAACAACGCCAACACUUUAGAGCGAGUGCGCCGACCGUCGGCCGCGCAGCCUGCAGUCUGGAACGCAUUUGUGGCGAAAUGCGUGCAAGAGGUAGCCGAAAAGAAGGCAUGGUGGACAGAGCUGCGUCCCGCCGCCUCCGUGAUCUCUGCCCGAUUCCCUGCCCUGGAGGGGUGGAAGGAAGCAGGCGGCGAGUUCAUCCCCAAGGUCCGCUUGAUUGAUGAUUUCUCAGGGUCUCUCGUCAAUUCAGCAACGGCAAUUGGAGAACCCAUGCCGGUCGACACUUUGGACACUCUGCUCGCUGUUGCGCGGUCUGUCGCUGGUGAUGCGCCGCGCGACUGCGCUGUGUGCUUCCGGAAGGAGGAUUUUAAAGGGGCCUUCAAAUCCCUGCCGCUGCGGGCGGAACACCUGCCUUUCGCUGUCAUUUCCUGGCGCACUGCAGCUGAGCAGGCCAAAGGUCUGCAGUUGAUUUGCUGCCCUUUUGGGUCGAGCGCUUCUGUCCACAGCUGGCAUAGGCUUGGUUCGUUCUUCCAGGCGUUGCUUGCGCGAGAUCUGUUUGUGGCAUAUCCCCGGUUCGUGGACGAUCUGUUCUCUGCCGAUAGGUGCCUGGACGCAGCAAGCGCGCUGACAGGGCCAGUAGGGACAGCGCAUUGCGCAGAGCAACUGCUGGGCUUGACAGGCUGGGUGCUUGAGCCUUCGAAGCGCGUGAGAGGCGCCACGAGCACCACCAUUUUGGGAGUGGACGUUUCUGCGCGCUCAGGCGAAAUCAUCUUCCAGAUUGGGCCAGCUAAACAGCAGAAGUGGCUCGAGACCAUUCAGGAGGCUCUCCAGAGUGACGCCCUCCGUCCAGCCGAAGCGAAGCGGUUGGCCGGCCGCCUGAAUUGGGCUGGCAGCGCUGUUUUUGGAAGGGGAGCCAGGGCGUAUCUCGCAGCGCUUCACUGGCAAGCGAAUCGCCGCACUGCUCGUUUGACGGCGCGCGUCCGGACGGCGCUCCGCUGGUGGUCCGCGUUUCUAGCAGAGGCGCCGACAAGGCAGAUUCAGCUUGCGCCGCGCGCCGUUGAGCGGUGCAUUGUGUAUACAGAUGCUGCGGGAGAUGGAGGAAUAGCAUUCGCACUGGUGCACCCGAGUUUCCGAUUGUGGAGCGCCGCCUCGGUGCCGCAGGAGGCUUGGCAGUGGGCGCAUCCACGGCGCACUCAGAUUGCGCUGCGGGAGCUGCUUGCCGCAGCGUGCGCAGUCCGAUGCUUAAUCGAGCGCGGACUGGCUGACUGCGAAAUACUUCUUUUCGUGGAUUGCAAUCCGGCGUUGCACGUGCUUGUGCGCGGAGCGAGCAGACAAACGGAUCUCAAUGCUUUGGUCACUGGUUUCUGGUUCCAGGUCGCCCGGGCCGGCAUCUCUUUGCACGCGUUCCGUGUUCCAAGUAAGCUGAACCUCGCCGAUGGGCCCACCAGGCGGGACACCUGGGACGCAGCUGUGGCCGCAUUUGGCGCCCGGAGCUUUGAGCGGAUUGCCUGGUUAUGGCCGGCAGCACUGCCUUGGGACGCGGAGUGACUGUACCCGACCGUGGA